AGCAGUGCGACCGAACCCAUACAAUGGCAAUCAACAAAACCAUUACUUUGAUCACUGGUGCGAAUGGCGGCAUCGGCUUCGAACUGGCGGCACAAUUACUCGGAGACGCGUCCAAGCACGUUCUGCUCGGUAGUCGCUCCUUUGAAAAGGGAGAAGCUGCUGUGAAGGAGCUUCAAACUCGCAAUCUGCCUGGUAGCGUCGAACUGGUACAAAUCGAUGUUACAAACGAAGACUCCAUCAACGCAGCAGUCAAAGAGGUGGAAGUCAAACAUGGGCGACUGGAUGCACUCGUCAACAAUGCUGCAAUUGCCGAUGCACCAGGGACCUCAUUCCGGAAACUGAACGAGGUCUUUCGCACAAAUGUCGCCGGUCCUUACGCGACGGUCGAGGCGUUUGCUCCAUUGCUGGAGAAAUCAACGAGAACCCCGCGGAUCGUGAAUGUCAGUUCGGGUGGCGGAUCCAUCGGACUUCGUCUUGACCCGAGCAAUGCUUUCUACACGUUGAAGGGCGACCAGUACCGCGUGAGCAAAGCGGGACUCAACAUGGUGAACGCUUGCCAGGCUGUCGAGUAUGGCCCGAAGGGAUGGAAGGUAUUUUCGUUCUGCCCUGGCUUUACGGUGAGCAAUCUGGGUCCUCAUAACAAGGUGGAGAACGGCGCGAAGCCAACUAGUGAGGGGGCUGGACCCAUGGUGGGUAUACUUAACGGCGAGCGAGAUUCAGAGCAUGGGCUGUUGUUAAAGGCUGAUGGCCAAUGGCCAUGGUAGAGGGACCACCGUACGCUGGCUGGCUCCGUCGGUAUUGCACAUCAUCUGAAUGAACGACUUGCAAGUGC